GCGAGUGUGUCGAGCAACUAGCCACAUUUUAAUUUAUUUGUGAAGGAGGUGUUUAAACCAUCUUUGGAACAAUAAUAGUUUCUUGAAUUCUACUCACCAAAUCUUCUUUUUAAUGCACACUAUAAACCUUGUGAGGCCAAAACGGCUUUUCCGACAACAUUAUGGCUGAAAAUCCGAGUGCUACAGCGAUGCAGCAGGACGCGGAGCAAGACGCAUCGUCGGCGACACCGCCUUCCGCCGAACAAGUGACCCCUAACACUUCAUCUCCUGCUAUUGCAACCCCUCCGAUGCCCACGACGACCACUGUGGACUUACCUGCGGUAAACGCAAUCGCCCCACCACAAAUGCCGACUAUCGCAACCCCGGCUCCAGUGGCCGCAGCGCCGGUCCCUUCGGUGGUCUCUAUUCCUCAACCUGCGGCUACCGUUCCAACGCCCGUAUCUGUGAUGCAAACGACGACCGCUGUCCCUCAGACCAUCAUGACCAACAUUGUCCAACAGCAGCCCACGACAGUUGUGACCAAUGUUGUUCCCCACCAGCAGCAGUCAGUUAUGUCCACCAUUGUCCCUCAGCAGCAGACUGUUGUAUCGACAAUUCCAACCACGAUUCUCUCGCAGCAGCCAACUCUAGUUCAGACCGUCGUGUCUCAGCAGAAAAUUGCCCCUUCUGUCAUGCCUCAACAACAAACAAUCGUUCCCACCGUUGUCCAACAGAAGACCGUAGUUUUAUCCAAUGUGGUGCAGCAGCAGCAGCAUCAUCAUCAACCGCAGCAGUCGACAGUUGAUCCAAAACUAGAGAAAAUCGAUGCUAAAACACCAGCAGACAAAAAUGCCCUGCUUGCGGUUCUGCAGCUGUUGAGGAAAUAUAAUUUGAAGGGAACUGAGGAGAUUCUGAAAAAGGAAGUUAACUUUUCCGACUUAACAUCUCUGGACGUCGGUGCUAUGCAUUCCGAAUCUGAAGUGAGCAGCGUAUUGUCUGCUUACAAAAGUGAAGGGGACCCUGUGGCCUAUGAAGGCGCUUACAAUGAUCUCAAAAAUUUUGUUGAAAGUUCACUGGAUAUUUACAAGCAUGAAUUAGGUACAAUAUUGUAUCCAGUAUUUGUGCACAUGUACCUGGAGCUGGUCUUCAAUGGCCAUGAGCGAAUGGCCAUCAAGUUCAUGCAGAAAUUCGCUCCUGAGCAGGAAGAUUACUACCAGGAUGACUUGAAAAAAUUAGCUCAGGUCACUAAAAUAAACCACUUAAAGGACAAUGAGCUCACUGAAACGUUCAACUCCAACGAGUUUAUUAUUCGCAUGUCAAGAGACACAUUGUCGAUUCUGAAGAGACACUUGAAAGAGAAAAAGAAGUCAGUUGUGCCCAACAUUGUGCAGGAGCACUUAUACUUUGAUAUGUACGAAGGCGUUGCCAGAAACAAACAACAAAUUGACGCCACUGCUGGAGCAAUGGUUGGGGAAGCCACAAGGCAAGACAAUAAGGCUCGUGUCUAUUAUGGCUUGCUGAAAGAGCCAGAUCUGCAAUUAAUGCAGCUAGAAGAGGAGGAGGAACCUGACAAUGGAGAUGACCGACCCAAAAAGAAGAAGGCAAAGAGAGACCCCAUCUUUAGCAAAAAGUCCAAAACGGACCCCAACGCUCCCAUGGUUGACAGGAUGCCUCUGCCAGAGCUGAAAGACUUUGAUAAGCAAGAGAAAGUCCGGGCACUCCGUGAGGCUUCCAAGAGAGUAAACCUUGGUCCAGAAACCCUUCCCUCCAUUUGCUGUUACACCUUGCUGAACUCCCCUCAUUCAGUGACAAGCGCGGAGUUUGCCGAGGACAGCAGUAUGUUGGCGGUAGGCUUCAGUAACUCUUCCAUUAAAGUUUGGAGCAUUGUACCGCAAAAACUGCGAGCGAUGAAAAGCGCUGAACUCUUGGCGGAUAUCGACAAAGAGGCUGAAGAUGUUCUAGUCCGAAUGAUGGAUGAAAAGUCUGCUGAAACGACAAAAACUUUAAUCGGACACCACGGACCAGUUUACACCAUGUCUUUCAGUCCUGACCGCACAAUGCUUCUCUCCUGCAGUGAAGACUGUUCAAUUCGCCUCUGGAGUUUACAAAUUUGGGAUUGCCUAGUUGUGUAUAAAGGCCAUUGUUUUCCUGUGUGGAGCGUCAAGUUUUCACCUCAUGGAUUCUACUUUGCCACUUCCUCACACGACAAAACCGCUCGUCUCUGGUGCACGGACAAUCCUCAACCACUGAGAAUUUUCUCAGGGCACUUUUCAGAUGUCGAUGUCGUUCAGUUUCAUCCAAACUCGAAUUACAUUGCCACUGGCUCAAGUGACAGGACCGUUCGCUUGUGGGAUUGCGUCACGGGAAACCACGUUCGCCUGAUGACUGGUCAUAAGGCACCGAUCUACACCCUUUGUUUCUCAGUGGAAGGAAGAUUUCUCGCUUCUGCCGGCGCAGACAAAAAUGUGCUUCUCUGGGACUUGGCGCACGGUCAUCUUCUGGCUGAGCUUUCUGGUCACACUGGACCCAUUCACACCUUGGCAUUCUCCCGAUGCGGCAACAUUUUAACGUCAGGUUCACUUGACUGCACAGCGAAGCUGUGGGACUUCCAGAGACUGGCCAAAGAGAUAGCGCUUGAAGACGUGAACGUCACCCACAACCCAGACAUCAAGCGGGGCGACAAUCAGGGUGGCUACAUGCUUCGUAGCUACGCGACCAAAAGUACACCCUUGUUAAACUUGCACUACACAAGGAGAAACGUCCUGCUUGCUGUGGGAGUGUUUGAGUCGAACAGUUAAGGUAGAGGACAUUCCUUUUGGUUUAAUUUAACUUAGUUUUGUUAAAAUACUCCAACAAUUCCCAUUCAAAACGCAUUUGUCAGUGAUUAAAGGGGAUUGUAGAGUAUUUAUCAUGUGUGUACAAAUAAAUGGAAAUUUUUCUAUGAAUGAGUGUAA